UACCUCUGGCCGACUGGAGUCCGGCCGCCAGGAACGCGCGGCAGAGGUGCAGAGCGCUGGGCGGCGGAGCGCGCACGGCCGCCGAGAGCGCGCGGCGGGGAGGUGCUGGACGCCCUGGGGAGCGCGCUCCAGGCAGCCCGGGACGAUCGGCGUGCGUGCGUGCACGACUUGCUGGCCGGAGGACGGCGUGAGCCCCGAGGGUCUCAGUCGGCGUGGACACCUGCGACCCGCGGAGGGGACUUGGCUCGGGGUUUUCCCGAGAGCGAGAGUGGCUCGUGGCGUGUUGUCUGAGUUGAGUCUUUGGUCCCUUACCUUUCCUGGAGCGGACUGCGCGUGAGGACCGUGUCCUUUGCGAGGCUGAAACCCGGAGAUGGCCAGAGCCACCUGUUAAACCAGUAUCCUGAGCGAAUCCUUCGGCAGGUUUUCCAUGCCCCCGCCGGUUCCCCGCAGAAGACCUCCUUCCCUGCCUCAGAAUGGAACCCUGGCUCCUACCCUGUUUUCUGUGAGCUAGCUAGUGACAGCUUUGUGUGGGGAUGCCUGGGAACCAGCAGAAACCAGAGUCUCUGGAGACGGACUCUGACACGUCGCCCAGCUGCGGGCUCAGCGACUUGAGCAGAGGUGGCAGUCUGGAGAGCCGGUGCAGCAGUUCGCGGUCCAGAAGUUUCACUAUGGAUGACGAGAGCCUGAAGCACCUCACACAUGAGGAAAAGGACGUUAUCCUGUUCUUUGAAGAGACUCUUGAUUCCCUGGAAUAUGACUUUGACGAGCCAGCCCUGUGUGACAGUGGCAUUCACUGCCACUCUCCACAGUCUCUGGAAGAGAGCCCUUCCAGCCACUCUGAGCCCGAAGAUGUCAUCGAUUUAGUGCAGCCCGCACCUGCGUCUGGGGAAGCUGAGAGCCUUCCAGAUAUGCCUCAAGUAACAGGGGCCCCAUCUGAUACAAAACAUGGCACUCCAUUUCUUGAAGGUGGGAAACAAGCCGCUGAGAAUUCCCUGCCACCACCAGACUCCAGGGGCCCUGAGGUGUUUCCUUUGCCGCCCUCCCUGCCUGUCCCCGCUCCCUCUGCCCCGCGAAAGGAGCUGAUGUCCCCCUCUCCUCCAGCAGAGCAUCCCAAACUGCUGCGUUCUGUGCCCACUCCUCUGGUGAUUGCUCAGAAAAUAUCUGAGAAGUUGGCGGGCAAUGAAGCCCUGUCUCCCACAUCCCCUUCAAAGGAAGGCAGGCCUGGGGAAUGGAGGACACCGACUUCUCCAGCUUCUAGAAACGGAGACCAUGUCGGCGUGUGGCAUCGACACACGACCCAGUCAGCACCCAAGGUCCAUCGCUUCCCCAGCAACAUAAGCGUGACCAACAGCGCAGGCAAGGACUUCAACAAGACCAUCUCCAAGGCGGCUGUCAAUGUGCAGGAGCGCAAGGCCCAGGUCCUGGCCAACAUCAACGGCAUGUCCUUCAUCGCUGCGGGCGACACAUCAUCAGAAGAGCGGUGGCAGAAGGCGGAAGAGCAGAGGAGUGGCUCUGCGGAUGGAGCACGCACCCUGGGCAGAGCGGGCAUGGCCGGCGAGCCCGGGGCACCUUGUGCAGGAGUCCCGGCCAGGGCGCAGCAGUCCCGGGCUGUGCAGACAGAGCAGCCACCGGCGCUGGCGAACGGCUUCCAGAGCGUACACGAGGCCCUGCGCAGCGAGCCCAGCUCCUUCGUCCCCACCAGCAAGACCAUCACCUUCCGGCCUGACCCCGCUGUGACCGGCAAGCUGGCGCGCCAGAAUGCCAGCCGCAGCCUAUACGAACCGCGCCCGGACGGCAGCCAAGAUGCCCGCAAGCGCACGGGCUCGCUCCCCCGGGCGGUGGGUUUCCGGCCGCAGGGCAUCACAGUGCAGUUCUCUGGCCGCGGCUCCACUGAGGAAGCUCGGCGCGAGGCUCUGCGCAAACUCGGGCUACUGAAGGAGAACUUGUGAGGGCCAUGGGUGAGACUGCUGGAAUGGCCUGGGUGGAACUUGUAUGUCCACACUGGGGGGUCCAGUUCUGGAGCUGGGUGGCACGAAGUGCUGCUUGUCGGGAGAGAAGCUUCUGCCCCAAUCCCAGUGCAGCGCGGAGUCAAGAGACCUGCAGGGCAAGGACAGCGCCCCCCCACCCCGUGCCCCCCAGCUGUCCUUUUCCUUUUCCGGGGUCUUGGAAUUAGGACCUCUGGGCCUCCAUGACUGCGACUUGGUCCAGACUCUGAUACUCAGGAUUCCCUCUCCUCUUCGAAAAUAAAAAAAAAAAAAAAAAAAGAAAUGCUUGUUAAAUUUUUAUAGUGUCAUUAUACACUUUGAGGUCUAGCUGUUGUGUGUUUGUUUUUGAAGGAUGGAAGUUGGCACCUUACGGAUCGGGGUUUUCUUAACAUAAUUUUCUUUGCCCCAUUUUCUUAACUAAAACUCUAAAUGAACCCAUUGGGGAAGAUUUACUGUAAUUUUUAAUCGUGAAAGUUAAAAAUGAGGUCGAGUUUGGAAAAGAUAAUUUUUAGAAAGCAAGUCUCAUUUGACUCUCUAAAAUCUGCUCCCGGGAUGUGUCCCUAUGAGUCUGACUUGACAGGUAGCUAUGCUAAUGAACAUGUGAGUAUCGUGAGUCUUCGUAUACUCAUUCAUUAUUAAUUACUUAAGUACCUGCUUCUGAAGACACCAUUAUCUAGAAACUGCACGAUAUGAGCGCUUCCUUUUCUCUAACAGAUACCUUGGCAUUGUGAUGAGACACUACGAAUUCUUCCUUUUAUGGAAGUCGGCUAAGGAUACAUGAACUUCCAGUACAGUAUGCUCUGUUCCCAAUUAAAGCAACAUUUCCUGAUUUCAAAUAAGCAAGAUAGUUCCUGUUUUUACUUAACAUUUUCCAGAAUUUAAAGGAAAGUUUGAAUCUUUGUCACCUCACUAGCUCUGUGUUACAAGGUAGCUAGAAAACAAAAGGAAAUGAUCUGCUAGGCUAUGCUCUCAGAGCAGUGUGAUUUGAAGUGAUUUGAAGGAGCUCACGGAACUCAGUUGUGCAGCAUGAAGUUUUCUUCCAGAUUCUGUCUGACAGAGUUGUGGCCACAGUGUUAUUAUCCAAGCCAUUUAAGGCUGGAGUCUCCAACUUCUAAAAAUAGCUAGGGAAGGGCUGGCCCAAGAGCCACACCCUUCUGCCUGCUGGGCCUUCCAGCACGCACUGUAGCAGAGCCCAUUGGUUUUCCCGUGAGUCUUACUGAGACUCCGACUUCUAAUGAGCUGUUGAAGGACACAUUCCUGGUGCCCCGCUUAGCCUGUAGGUUACAUACAGGGAAUGAGUGGGUUUUAUUUCUUUGGAGCAAAGUCUAUCAACUGGCUCAGCUCUCUCUCGUUCUCCUGAAGCCAUCUCAAACAUUUUAAAAUUUAAGGAGGGGCUUUAAACUUUUUCAAGUGCUUUCAACUUUGCUGUUAAUUGGCAUGGGUUUGCUGAGGGGCCAGGAGGUCCCUUUGACAAAGUAAGAUGCCAUACACAGUGUUUGCUUAAUAACUGAAGGUCUCAAUACAGCUGUUACUGAACCUUUAUAGACAAUUCCUUUUCUUAUUAUAAGUAGAAUGAGUGACUGUAUAUUAAUAUAUUCUCAUAAUUAUAUCUUGAAAAACAAAAUUUUGUCUUACCUAUAAGCUACUGUAUUAUGUUAUGCACGACAUUUCCUCUUAAAGGGUUAUCUUUUUUCUAUUAUUUAUUCAUAUUUUUCUCUAUUUAAUCUAUGAUGACACUGACUGUUACUUUAGCUGUUACUUAUUUCCAAAGCCCUAAUUAAAGUCUCCUUCUUGUGAUUCAUGAGGA